GCUCGUGGUUUGUUAAAGAGUUUGCUAGAUGUUGCUGUUGUAAGUGUUUUUCAGACACAUUUAAAGGUGAAGUUAAGAUAGACUGCAUCACAAACUGCACCUUGACAGAGCAAGAUUUUAAUUUGUUAGUUUAAUUUUGUGUUCUUCAUGCUUAUUUUUUUCAGAUAAUAACAACACAAGCAAAUGUCUCAGAAACAACACUCGAUCAAGGAAAAGAUGUGACACCACAUAAGGAGGAAGAAUUACAGAAGAAGUUGAUAUCCGAGAUAGAAGAAAAAGGUAGCAUCUCUAAUAAUAGAGGGAAAAAUAAUCCAAUACAAAUUAGCUUAUGUGAGAAAAUUGAUUUGGUUAGUGCAACAACAACCAUGCCUAUUGAGUAUAGCAAAGAGAGUACUGGUGAAGACCAUCAUAAUAAUGGUGAUGAGUCCUAUAAAAACAAGAAUAUACCACUGCUGAGUACAAUUGAUGAGCUUCAAUACAAUCCUAGUGAUACCGGACAUGUUGAAUCCUCAAAUCAGAAGGACUUUUGUGAUGAUUUGCUUAGUGCAAUGAAAAGAAUUGAAUCUCGUAUGUUUGCUUUGCAACUCUGCUCAAAUCUUGUAAGUUCCACAAAGAACAGUGCAGAUAAGCAAAAUAUACCCCAGGUAACAAAUCUAGAUAUGCCUCAUGUUGAUGCUGUGUAUCCAAAGAGCAAUGACAUACCAAAGCAAAUUAGUUCCCAACUGGUAUUUAGAGAAGAGGAAUCAAGAAGUCAGGGUAAGAUUCAACCUCCAACACAAAAAUUUCCCAUGACUAAUAGAGUUAACUCAUUGAAUCAAAAUGAUGUUACUAAGAAGCCAUUAACUGGCCACAGAAAUGGGGAAAAUGUGGUAAGAAACAAUCCAGUGACUCGGUCAGAAGCUGAUCAAAAUCAUGAGAAAAAGAGUCUUGAACAUUCUUAUAGACAUCUUCCAGUGAAAUCCACAGCUUCCAGCAUUGCAAGGAAACAGCCACAACCACAUCAGAUGGUGAUAAGACCAACACUACUGGAUCAAAGGUACAGUGGAAUUAAGGUAUUCUCUCAUAAAAAUAGAGAAGGGUCUGCAUUACACAGAAAAGGAUCCCAUAAGGAAAGGGAUGAACCACAAGAUAAGGAUGAUGAUGAAGUUGAGGAGUCUAGUUCAAAUGACUAUCAAUCUUCUUCUAGCUGGACCUCACAAGAAGUAAGAAGUGCCAAUGGUAGUGGUGGUAACAGUUCUGAGGACCACUCCUUGCAAGGUGAGACAGAAGUUUCCACAUCAGGAACUAUGGUUGAUGCAUCAUAUGAAUAUAGUUCAGAGGAGUGUGAUAAUAAUUCUUAUACAUCUAAUGAUAAUUAUAACUCUUUGAAUAGCUCUGAUAGCCUCAAGUCUCAUAGAUACUACAACAAAAUAAAACCUGAGAAAAAAGUUGGAGGACUAAGGAGGCUGAAGAACAAGUUGGGACUAAUCUUUCACCACCACCACCAUCAUCAUCACUAUCACCAUGAUAAUGAUGAUAAUUAUGAUGAUGAUGGAAGCAUUGACUCAAAGAGGAGGCAAAGACACUCUAUGUGGAGUAACUUGCAGAAUGUCUUCCACCAUAAGAACAAGCAUCAUGGGAUGAUAACGAAUGGAAGCGACGAGAAGCCAAGGAGAGGAAGUGCUGUUGCAAGAGUGACUCACAGGAACCAGGUUGGACAGUUUCACAGGCUUGUGGAAGGGCUCAUGGGACACAUACGGCAUGCAAAGAAGCCGAAGAAACCUCACAAGGUUGCUGUGAAAGGUUCAAGGAAUGCCCCACAUGGACAUAGAAAGAAGAAUCCAAAUUGGUGGAAAAUGCUACAACAACACCGGGGAGUGAAGGUGAAGAAUAGAGGUAGAGUUAGAAAGGAGUUCAUAGGCCAAAAAUCACCAAAGAAGCUUACUUAGUGUGAGUUUGGUUGCACAUUUGGAUUUUGAGUGUAUGUAGAAUUUGCAAAUGGUGAUACAAAAUUUUGUUUUAGUGUAUGUAUAUGCACUCAUGGGAUGGUUGAUGAAAGCGGUUUCUGUCCCUUUUACUGGUUUCUUGAAUUGAAGUUGGUCUUGUUGUAUGUAUGUGCAAUGUAGUUCUGUAUUUUGGCUACUAAUGUUUU